AUGGAUGGAUUUAAAGGUAAAAGACCAUCCGGACCAACUAUGUCCCGAAAAACAAGUGGUCUUGUCCUGCAUGAGAAUAUGAAGAAGAAAGACGAUAAGAGUGUGCCUCUCUGCAGCCGAGUCGGUUGCAGUUCCCGGUUAAGUUCUACCAAUGGGUCUCCGAUUGAUCACAAAGCAAAAUCAUCUCCCGUGUCUUCGCUUCGAUUUCCUUUAAACGGGAAGGAAACCUUUGCGAGUUCAUCUCGGAGUACGGUUGGAUUUGGUGGCGCGAGAAAGGCCUCUAGAGUUAGCUGUAGGAGACAACUCUCUUCUCUUUUGGACACAGAUUCUUCAGAGAGUAGCAGUGCCAAGUCUGAGCGUGCCCUUCCACGUGAAAGUAGUGUCUCUAGAGAAGCUGUGGCAGAGGCAGGAAGCUCAACCAGAGGUGUCGUCAGAAGCAUACAUCAGAGGCCUGAUUUGGUCACUCGUACGAGUAACAGUGUGCAAAACGUAAGAGCUAGUGUGAACAGGAAUGGAUUGAGAGACUUGAGGAUCAAAUCUGAGUCUGGUGAUCAUGUUCUUCCUUCCAUUUCGAACCCGACAAGAAAAAGCAACAUGUGUAGAAAGAAAACCUCUGAUGGAGAGAGCAGCUCUUCAAGCAGAGGGAACAAGACGGAUAGAUCAGCGGUCGAGGUAAAGAAUCAAAGCUCCCCUCACGACAGUGGCGGCAUCACCAUGACUGAGUCUAGGAGGAGCAGAAAUCUGCCAAGUGUUAGGGACAACAGUGCUGUUUCGAGUAGUGUUAGGAGAUCAACUGGUUAUUACGGUAGAACAGGGCGGUCUUCUGGUGCGGUUACAACUUUACAAGCGCCUCAGACUGCAACACGAGCUGAUCUAAACUCUUCUAGAUCAGCAGAAGUUUCGCAUAGUCCUUCAAGUAGUUACAAUAGGCCAAUCAGUAGUAACGACAGGUUACGUAGCCUGAUGAUCCAUGGUGGCUCCUCAGAAGCAGGCCUUGCUCGCUCUUUGACGAACCGUGAUGGUUUCAGACGUUAUAACCUGAACGGAGUUGCAGAGGUAUUAUUGGCUCUAGAAAGGAUUGAACAAGACGAAGAGCUUACAUACGAGCAAUUGGUUGCUUUAGAGACCAACCUGUUCUUGAAUGGUGUGAGCAGUUUCCACGACCAGCAUAGAGAUAUGAGGCUUGACAUUGAUAACAUGUCGUAUGAGGAACUAUUAGCCUUGGAGGAGAAAAUGGGAACAGUGAGCACUGCUCUGAGCGAGGAAGCGCUGUUGAAAAGCUUGAAGUCAAGCAUUUACCGUCAAACAGAUGAAUCUGGUGGCAUUAGCCUGAACAGAGAUGAUGAUGUCAAAUGCAGUAUUUGCCAGGAAGAGUAUGUUGAUGGAGAUGAAGUAGGGACUUUGCCUUGCCAACAUAUGUACCAUGUGAGCUGUGGGCAACAAUGGCUUCGGAUGAAGAAUUGGUGUCCUAUCUGUAAAUCCUCUGCAGAAUCUCAGCCACAGCCAUUUUCGUGA